AUGGCUGUCUGGGAACAACUAGAAGUCUCAAAAGCACAUGUCGCUUACGCCUGCAUUGGUGUAUUCUCGUCAGUCUUCUCCUUAUUCUCGCUUUACGUGAAGGAGAAGCUGUAUAUCGGUGAAUCCACUGUGGCAGGGAUAUUUGGCCUUAUCGUGGGUCCCGUUUGUCUGAACUGGUUUAAUCCUUUGGACUGGGGGAACUCAGACAAGAUCACGUUAGAAAUAACAAGAAUAGUUUUAUGUUUGCAGAUAUUCGCCGUUGCCGUGGAACUGCCACGGAAGUAUAUGCUGAAACAUUGGGUAUCCGUCACGAUGCUAUUGCUCCCCGUGAUGACAGCAGGCUGGCUUAUUAUAGGCCUCUUUGUCUGGAUUCUUAUACCGGGGUUGAACUUUUCUGCCAGUCUGUUGAUUUCAGCGUGUGUUACCGCCACAGAUCCAAUUUUGGCGCAAUCAGUUGUUUCUGGUAAGUUUGCACAAAGAGUCCCUGGCCAUUUGAGAAACCUGCUAUCUGCAGAAUCUGGCUGUAAUGAUGGUAUGGCAUUCCCCUUUAUAUUCCUUUCACUGAAUUUGAUCCUGCAUCCUGGCAAUGGAAGGGAGAUCGUCAAAGAUUGGUUUUGUGUUACCAUCCUGUACGAGUGUCUAUUCGGAUGCCUGUUAGGUUGUUUCAUUGGUUAUGUCGGUAGAAUCACUAUCCGGUUUGCAGAAAAGAAAAACAUCAUCGAUCGUGAGUCCUUCUUAGCGUUUUACGUUGUCCUGGCAUUCAUGUGCGCAGGGUUCGGCUCCAUCCUAGGUGUGGAUGACCUAUUAGUGUCGUUUGCAGCCGGUGCGGCUUUCGCAUGGGAUGGAUGGUUUUCCCAAAAGACGCAAGAGAGUAACGUUUCUACGGUAAUUGACUUACUAUUAAACUAUGCAUACUUUAUUUAUUUCGGUGCCAUUAUUCCAUGGAGUCAGUUCAACAAUGGGUUGAUUGGUGCAAACGUUUGGCGUUUGAUCAUUCUGUCCGUAGUGGUCAUUUUUCUACGUAGAAUUCCGGCUGUUAUGAUACUAAGACCACUUAUUCCUGAUAUUAAAUCGUGGCGUGAAGCACUUUUCGUGGGCCAUUUCGGUCCUAUUGGUGUUGGUGCGAUUUUUGCCGCUAUAUUAGCUCGUGGCGAGUUAGAAGCUACCAUUACCGAUGAACCUACUCCAUUGAACGUAGUACCGACAAAAGAAGAAACCAAACAUUGGCAAUUAAUAGCUUGCAUAUGGCCCAUUACGUGUUUUUUCAUUGUUACUUCCAUUAUUGUCCACGGAUCUUCAGUUGCCAUUAUAACGCUAGGUCGUCAUUUGAACACAAUUACUUUGACCAAAACAUUUACCACACAUACCACUAAUGGUGAAAAUGGGAAAAGUUCAUGGAUGCAAAGAUUACCUUCAUUGGAUAAAGCAGGACGUUCCUUUUCAUUGCAUCGUAUGGAUACACAAAUGACACUUUCAGGAGAUGAAGAAGAAGAAGAUGACGGAGACCGUAAAGGACUCACAGGAGGAGAAGAUGAAGAAGGGUUAAACAAUGAUCAGAUCGGCGGCGUCGAAACAAGCGGAGUUCCUGCCAGACCUAUUGGCGGUAUGCCUAGAAGAAGAAAACGUUCAAUGAGAGAGAAGAGAUUAAGUCGGGGACAAAAACUAAGGAAUAAAGGUAGAGAAUUGUUUUCAUCAAAAUCUAAAAAUGAAAUGUAUGAUGACGAUGAGUUAAACGAUCUGGGCAGAGAAAGACUACAAAAGGAAAAGGAAGCGCGCGCCGCCACAUUUGCAUUAAGUACAGCUGUUAACACACAACAUAAUAAAGAUAUUGGAAUGGGUGGAGAAGAGGAAGAAGACGAGUAUACACCAGAAAACGAAUACAGUGACACUUACAAUUAUAAUGAUAAAGAUAUCACACCAAGUUAUGAAUCUUCUCAAGGAUCUCCGUCUUUGAGAGAACAAAGAAGAUACAUACCGAGAAACCGUUAUGAUGAAGAGGGAGUAGAAAGUGAAAUUGAGAGCCAAGAUGAGACGGAAGACGAAAGUGAAAGAUCUAUGGCCAGCAGCGAAGAAAGGAGAAUACGGAAAAUGAAAGAAGAAGAAAUGAAACCCGGCACGGCUUAUUUGGAUGGUAAUAGAAUGAUCAUUGAGAAUAAACAAGGUGAAAUUCUGAACCAAGUUGACAUAGAAGAUGGCAACAAGCCGAAAGAUGAAGAAGCCAGUAUUGGAAGUACUGCCCAUUCAAGUUUAACCACCACAAUGACCAAUGGAUCUAGUAAUAGUGGGGGAAGGUUAAGGAGAAUAUUGACGCCCACAUCUCUGGGAAAGAUACACUCACUGGUAGAUAAGGGGAAAGAUAAGAACAAAAACAACAAAUAUCAUGCAUUCAAGAUAGACAAUCUGCUAAUCAUUGAAAAUGAAGACGGUGACGUUAUAAAGAGAUACAAGAUAAAUCCGCAUACGACUCGUAAUAAGGAGAAUAAGAACCGUUCAAGGAAUGAUAGUGUUGUAUCAAGAGCACUAACUGCCGUAGGUUUAAAGAGUAAAGGGAACAGUGGCGUGCCGCCGUCACUAAAUGAGGAGAGCGCUGUCGAGGGAUCUUCAAAGAAGGGACCUGGGAUGUUGAAGAAAAGAACAUUGACACCCGCACCGGUAGGAGGAGUCCAAGCAUCACUAACUUUAGAAGAUGCGACAUCUUCUGAAGAAGACCUGGGUGACAGUUACGACGUGGAUGAUAGUGAAGAUUACGACGAUAAUGCAUACGAAUCAGAAACCGAAUUCGAAAGACAAAGAAGGCUGAAUGCGUUGGGUGAGAUGGUGGCACCAGCGGACCAAGAUGAUGAAGAGUUGCCACCAUUACCUGUGGAAGCACACGGAGGGAACGAUGGUCCCGGCGGUGCGGAAGGCAAGAAGAAACAAAAGAGUGCUGCUGUUAAGUCCGCUCUAUCGAAGAAACUUGGUCUUAAUAAGUAA